ACACCAAACAUUACUCAUUAUAUAACUAAAAUGUGACCAAGUAAACUUUGUCACUAGAUGGGGUGAAAGAACAUUUUUCUUGUAGUACAUUUGAAAAACAAAUAACCAGAGAGAUGGAAAUAAUACCAAGCACAAUUGCAGUGUUAAUUUGUGCAGUUUUUGUUGGGAUUUGGGUAUGGAGAUUCUUGAAUUGGGUAUGGUUCAAACCAAAGAAGUUAGAGAAAUACCUGAGGGAGCAAGGUUUAAAUGGGAACUCAUACAGAUUAUUAUUUGGUGACUUGAAAGAAGGUUAUAUGAUGUCUAAAGAAGCCAAGUCCAAACCAAUGAAAUUCUCUCAUGAUAUUGCACCAAGAGUUUCUCCUCUCCUCCACAAAACCUUCACCAAAUAUGGUAAAAUUGCCUUUACAUGGUUUGGGCCAAGACCUGCUGUGUUCAUCAAUGAUGCUGAAAUCGUCAAGGAGAUUUUCUCAAAGCCUUACAUUUUUCUAAAGCCAGAGAAUUAUCAUACAAUUAAGCUACUAAUAAAAGGAUUAGCAGCAGCUAACAAAGACACAUGGUCAAGACAACGUAAAAUCAUCAAUCCUGCUUUCCACCUUGAAAAACUUAAGAUUAUGUUACCAAUAUUUCACUCAAGUUGUUCUGACAUGGUAAGCAAAUGGGAGAAGAUUGUUUUAAAAAAUGGGUCAUAUGAAUUGGAUUUAUGGCCCAAUCUUGAAAUAUUGACUUCAGAUGCACUUUCACGAGCUGCAUUUGGUUCAAAUUAUGAAGAAGGUAAAAGAAUAUUUGAUCUUCAAAUGGAAUUCACUGAGCUAGUUAUGAAACCAUUUCCUCUUCCAGGAGCAAGUCUUUUGCCGACUAAAACAAAUCGAAGGGUGAAGGAGAUUGCUAGGGAAGUGAGAUCUUCGAUUCAAGGUAUUAUUACUAAAAGGUUGAAGGCAAUGGAAUCAACAAAAGCUGGUAUUAAACAUGAUGAUUUACUGGGAGUAUUAUUAGAAUCCAAUUUAAGGCAAAUUAAAGGUCAAGAAAAUAAUUUGGGGAUGAGUAUGGAUGAGGUCAUUGAAGAAUGUGAGUUUUUCUAUUUUGCUGGGCAUGAGUCUACUUCAGUUCUGAUAAUGUGGGCACUAAUAUUAUUGUCUAAGCAUUUGGACUGGCAAGAACGUGCUAGACAAGAGAUUUUACAAGUUCUUGGAGGCCAAACCCCAGACUUUGAUGAUUUAUCGCGAUUAAAAGUCGUCAAUAUGAUUCUUCUUGAGACUCUAAGGCUAUAUCCACCAGGAGUUAUGUUUUCACGAAUACUUGGAGAAACAACCAAAUUGGGAAACAUAACUUUACCUAGUGGGGUUCAAGUCAACAUACCUACAUUUUUCAUUCAUCGUGACCAGGAAAUAUGGGGAGAUGACGCAAACGAAUUCAACCCAGAAAGAUUUAGUGAAGGUGCUGCAAGUUCAACGAAGGGAAAAUUUGCUUAUUUCCCAUUUGGCUAUGGUCCUCGAGUAUGCAUUGGACAAAAUUUUGCUAUAUUAGAAGCUAAAGUCGCACUUACCACAUUUUUACAACAUUUUAGCUUCGAACUUUCUCCGUCUUAUGCCCAUGCUCCUUUUCUUGUUGUGACACUCCAAGCUCAGUAUGGAGCACAAGUAAUAUUACGUAAGUUGUAA